AUGUUAAACAUAUCAAAUCGAAAACCCAAAUCUAUUGAUAUAAAUCCAUUUUCUAUUGCUGCUCAAUUAAAAGAAGGUUCAAAAAUGUUGAUAGUGAAUCUUCUACUGAAAAAAGUGAAAACAAUCCCUGCCAGCUUAAAAGAAGGAUCAUUAACCAAAUUUAUGUUCUGUCAUUGGUGCAAAGAGGCUGGUAAAAAUAAUAAUUUUACCAAAGGUUGUGAAUACUUUAAAAAACAAUACUUAGAUCGGCAUAUUAAUAUUAAUGAUCAUUGGUUAGUUUGUGCUGCUCGAAUACAAUCUCAAAUUACCUUGCAUUUUAGUUUUGCUAUUCAAGCUGGACUGAUCAAAUUAAGUUUGUAUAAGCUAUUUGAAAUUCAACAUGGUGAAGACCAAAACCAAUUUGAAUGUGAAUUAUAUAAAUCAAAUGGUUGGAGUCUUAUACUUGAUGAAAGCAAUACUGUAUCUGCCGAAAAAACUUUGGCAAUUGUUUCUAAACAUUUAAUUGCAUCAGCAAAACCAAUUUAUCAAUUUCUUGGAUUAAUUUUAUUAACAGAUAGCACUGCCAAUACAAUUAUUGCUGAAAUUAAUUGGUUUUUUCAAGCAAAACAUAUAUCAUAUGAUGAUUUAAUGCAUAUUUGUACAGAUGGUGCUAGUACAAUGAUAGGAUCUCAGGUUGGUGUAGCAACUCAACUUAAAAAUAAAAAUCCAUUUAUUUUGGAGCAUCAUUGUAUUUCUCAUAAAUUAGCAUUAGCUGCAAAGGAUGCAGCAAAACAAGUUGAAGAAUUUAAACAAUAUGAAAAAAUUGUACAUAAUAUUUAUAGUUAUUUUUCACGAAGUCCAGAACAUAUGAUGCAUCUUAAAAUAACAGAAGAAAAUUUUGGUGACCCACAUCUUACAGUUUUAAAUAUUAUUGAAACCCGUUGGUUGUUAUUAUCUAAUGUUAUUCAAAAUCUAAAUCAAAUUUUAAGUUCAAUAAUUGAUGCAUUGCUUGAAGAUUCAUAUAAUUAUACGAUUGCUGAAGCUUUAUACAAUAGUAUUGAUGAGACCUUUAUUAUUACAACAAAAUUUUUUGCUGAUAUUCUUGAAACACUAAGAUGA